AGCAACAGCAGCGGGAUCCGGAUCUGCUCCUGCUCCUGCUCCGUGUGGGCCGACUGGCCGGCCCCGACCCCGACCCCGACCCGACAUGUCGCUCCGGACGCUGCCGCUGCUCUUCAUCAACCUGGGCGGGGAGAUGCUCUACAUCCUGGACCAGAGGCUCCGGGCUCAGAGCAUCCCGGGCGACAAGGCCAAGAAAGUAAUGAACGACAUUGUCAGUACAAUGUUUAAUAAAAAAUUCAUGGAAGAACUGUUCAAACCUCAGGAGCUGUAUUCUAAGAAAGCCCUCAGAACUGUGUUUGAUCGAUUGGCUCAUGCCUCCAUUAUGAGGCUAAACCAGGCUAGCAUGGACAAGCUCUAUGACUUGAUGACGAUGGCAUUCAAAUACCAAGUGCUCCUCUGCCCACGGCCAAAAGACCUCAUCUUGGUCACGUUCAAUCAUAUGGAUGCAGUCAAGGACUUUGUACGUGAUUCUCCAAGCAUUUUAAACCAAGUAGAUGAGACAUUCCGACAACUGCUCGAGUUGUACAGCUGCCUACCUGUUGGGGAGUUUCAACUCAUCAGGCAAACCCUGCUCAUUUUCUUUCAGGACUUGCAUAUCAGGGUCUCCAUAUUUCUGAAGGAUAAGGUUCAGAAUUCUAAUGGCCGAUUUGUGCUGCCAGUUACUGGGCCUGUACCUUGUGGAACACACGUCCCAGGGCUGAUAAGAAUGUUUAACUAUAAUGGAGAAGAGGUGAAGCAGAGAAAGUUCCAAACCGUUGGCAAUUAUACAAGUGCAUUGGCAGAAGGAUCCUUAAACCUCUUUGGUGACCGUGUCAUUAAGCUCGGCACCAACAUGUACAGUGUUUCCCGGCAGGUGGAAACCCACAUGAUGGGAACAAUGAAGAGUUCAUCUGUCCGUGCAAAGGAGAAUGCUGCACCUAAUCCAUUGGCAAAGGAGGAGCUAAAUCUUCUUGCGCGCCUAAUGGGAGGUCUUGAUGUCAAGAAAUCAGCAGGCAACGAGUCAGGAUUUCGCCUAAAUCUGUUUGGCACAGAUGAGGAGGAAGACCAAGCAGCAACCAUAAGGCCUCCAGAGCUCUCUGAGGGGGUUGUCAACAUACAAGCCAUCAAGGACCAGCAGCAGCAAGAAGAGUUGGUGCGGAUUAUGGGGGAGUUUUGUGUGCAGGAGCAGCAGCCCAGGCACGACUGCAGUAAAGGCGAUGACCUCCUGGCCAUGAUGGACAACCUGUGACCUCCUGCCCGUCAGCAGCUGAGACAAUGCAGGCUCUUACCUGCGACUUUCCUUCAGCACAACAUCGAACGGCUUUCAAAACUCUGAACAUUUGUUAUUUACAGCUCAACUACUUUCUGUACCAAGAGCUGAACUCCUGUUCUGUAUGGUUUUGUGCACCUUUGGACAGGUUCACUGUUAAAUGAGUCUAACUGUAAUUGUAAUCGCCACUGCUUUUCACCCUCAGAACCUGGCAUGAGGAUGUUAAGACAAAUGGUAGGUUCAGUAAAUGAAGUGGCAAGUCGGAGAGAAAUGAAUUUCUGGAGUGACAACUGUGUUUAUUUCUUUCCAGAGUCCACAUCAGUGAAAUUCAAGUUGCUCUUGGUCAUUACUGGUCCUUAACCAUCCAUUGUGGGAGAGUGGCUAGACUAGGGUAAAAGGUGAUGUGAAUGGUUGGUUUGUGUGCUGUGCCGUUGAACCCACUCAGUGCAGGUUACAACACGAUCAAGCUGGCGUCAGUGUGCAGUGUAUGUGUGUGUGUAUGUGGUACUGGGGGCAAAGUAUUUCAUGCAAUAGAAUGUAUUACACUGAGAUUGUUGCUUCUGACAGAGUCUUUGUGUGUGGCAGAUUGAUCACUGGGUCAUACCAUGAAAAUGUCCAAGUAGUUCUGUGAAAAUCCCAGCAGUUUUCUCAAGCAGCUCAGAUUUGUACAUGACAAACUUUGAUUCUAUUCUGGAGACACAAGGAACUGUGAAUGCUGGAUACUUAAGCAAAACACAAAGUGCUGGAGUAACUUGGCACUGGGUUAAGCUGCAUCUGUGAAUAGAGUCUGAAGAAGGUUCCCCACCUAAAAUGUCACCAAUCUAUUCCCUCCACAGAGGCUGUCUGACUUACUAUGUUCCUCCAGCACAUUGUAUUUUGCUUUUGGUUCUAUUCUAAAUGUUAAGAGGCAGAGGAUUUCUGGUCCCUGAGCCCAGCUAUUAAUAUCUACCAUUAAAUGUUUUUAUUAAUAUUGCUUUAAAUAGUAAGAACUUUAUUAAAAAAUUACAUUUGAA